GGUGAAUGCUACAGUAUUUAUAUCCAUGCCUUUAAAAUGGUCUGUUCGUCUAUUGUCAUGUUCAUAAAUUUCUAUUGGAAAUCUUGUUAAGAUUUUCUUCAUUGGUAGGUGAUGAUCAUGGUAACAGAGAAGAUAUUUUAUGGAGAGAAACAAUGAUCAUCUGAAUGAGUGAAUGUUUCUCGGGAAAAUUUUUGUCAAACCGAUACUUAACUUGCUUUUUAAUCUCUUCAGGUUCAAGUAUUUCCAGGAAACCUCCUCUCCGAGAAAUCAAUCAAAGAAAACAAAGCAACUGCGAAUCCCGGUUGCUACUCGACCCUUCAAUAUCGACCACACUACUAGAUAAUGCUCCCAUUGUCAACCCUACAACUCCAGGCACAACUCCGAACUCGACAUCCCCUUCUACGGAGCCGAUCACCAAUCCGACUACCCCUAUCACAACUCCAACAACCCAAACCCCAACUCCUACAACAUCAUCAGGAGGUUCCUGGUGUAUUGCAAAUCAAGGUGCUUCACCAACUGCUCUACAGGUAGCUCUAGACUAUGCUUGCGGAUAUGGCGGUGCGGAUUGCUCUGCUAUUCAAUCUGGUGAAAGUUGUUAUGAACCCAACACUGUUCAGGAUCAUGCUUCUUAUGCUUUCAAUGAUUACUACCAAAAACACCCUGCUCCAACGAGCUGUGUUUUUGGAGGCACUGCUCAGCUUACAAAUACAGACCCAAGUAAAGGGAAUUGUCACUAUGCAUCAUCCUCACCGGCAAGUGUUGCUCCGCCAGCCAGCAUAACGCCAUCGGCCACCCUACCGCCACCGGAUACCACUACCUUAACCCCACCCUUUACGAUGAGCCCACCUUUUACAGGACCGGGCGGGGACAAGGUGUACGGUUCAGAAGAACCAACAGGACUCCCAAGCUCUGCCAGCUCUGUGUCAUUCAGCUUCCUGCUGAUCUUUUCCACAAUGUCAAUCGUUGCUGCAAACAAACUCUAGAUAUAAAGGAAGCAACUUUCAGUUACUUUUUCCAUGACCCCAUUGCAAUUUCUUUGGCUCACCAACAGAGUUUCCGAAACUUUCAUCAAGCUUGGGAAUCGACAAUGAGAACCAUUUUCUCACUAUUAAGAUCUAAAUAUUUAUAUACUUCUUGAUCUAUGUAUACCUAAAAGCUGGUUAAAAAAGCCAGAGAAGAGCAUAGAAUCUUUAGGUUCUCGUAUUAAUAGAUAAGUUAAGAAUAUGAUAGAUGCUUUUGCAGAAUGACUGUUAGCUGCACAAUAAAGGUGUUAGAGAUGCCCUGUUGGGAUCU